CCGCCCCAGAAGUGUCAAAAAGUUCUGAAAAAUAUUGACAUUCGCCAGUUUUAACAAUUUUACUCUAUAUUCUUCAAAAUAUUACGAAAACCACUUAAUUUGUAUGAAUAAAUAAUGCCUGAAAGUAUUGCGGAUUUAAGUAAAAGCAAAAAACCAUCAGAUUCCGCCUUUAAACAACAGCGGCUACCAGCAUGGCAGCCCAUACUAACAGCUGGCACAGUGUUACCGACGUUUUUUGUCAUCGGAAUUGCUUUUAUACCGGUCGGGAUUGGUUUGCUGUAUUUUUCUGAUGAGGUCAGCGAACAUGUCAUUGACUACACCGAUUGCACAAAAAGUGUGGAAGUGUACCCUGGGAAGUGGAAUACAACUCAGGAAAGGUGUUCCGAGGUUAUAAAGAACAGUCCCAGUGAUUCCUGUGUUUGCAAAAUCAAUUUUACUUUGCCAAGCGAUUUUAAGGGUAAAGUUUACAUGUAUUAUGGUUUAAGUAAUUAUUAUCAGAACCAUAGAAGAUAUGUGAAAUCUAGAGACGAUAAGCAACUGUUGGGUAAUUUAGAGAGGGAUCCUGCUGAUGAAUGCAUGCCAUUUAAUUAUUAUACCAACAGUAGUGGUAGUAAAAUCCCUAUUGCUCCUUGUGGGGCUAUAGCUAAUUCACUAUUUAAUGACGUUCUCAAGCUGAAAUCGUGGAACCAGGACGUGGACCAAAAUUGCAACAUAAAACUUUUGAACACGGGCAUAGCGUGGAACUCCGACCGGAAGACCAAGUUCCGCAACCCGCCGGGCGACCUGAAGGAGGCCUUUAAGAACUACGCGAAGCCCAAAAACUGGAAGAAGCCCAUCUACGAGCUGGACGAGCAGAAUCCGGAAAACAACGGGUUUCAGAACGAGGAUUUGAUCGUUUGGAUGCGAACGGCGGCCCUACCCACUUUCCGGAAGUUGUACAGGAGGGUCGAUCACGAUUGCAAGGGGUUGAAGAACGGGUUGCCUACGGGAGAAUACGAGCUGACUGUGGAAUACAAUUACGAUGUGAGCACUUUUGACGGUACAAAACGAAUGAUUUUGAGCACUACCUCUCUAUUGGGAGGCAAAAACCCUUUCCUCGGAAUAGCCUAUAUUGUCGUGGGUUGCGCAUGCUUACUACUAGGCAUCGCGCUACUAUUCAUCCACAUCAAAUGCGGCAAGAGUACUUCGGAAAUGAUCAACGUUAAUCCACGGACACCAUAUCAAUAAUACUUGUAACGACUAGGGAAAUUAAU